AUGACAGCAUCAACAAUGCUGGACAAUUUAAAGAAUAGGAUAUUGGGUAGAGUGUCAGCUGAACCGAGAAGGGUGGUAAUAGAUCAGUCGGCACCAAAGAUAAAGAGUAUACAUGUGGACAACUAUAUAAAGACGUCAAAGUAUACAAUCUUGACAUUCCUGCCAAAGAACUUGUACGAACAGUUCCGAAGGAUUGCCAACAUGUACUUCCUGCUCAUCGUCAUCCUCUCCUUCACGCCCAUCUCACCCAACAAGCCCGGUGGCAGUCUUGCCGGACUCUUCCUAGUCAUCGGCAUCAAUGCCAUCAAAGAGGCAAUCGAAGACUUUAGAAGAUAUCAAUCGGAUAAGGAGAUUAAUAACAGACCAGCAACAUUGAUUAAGGAUGGAGAGGAGUAUUGUGAGAAGUGGAAGAAUAUUAGAGUUGGUGAUAUUGUUGUCGUGAAGAAUGGUGAACAAUUCCCUGCCGAUCUGGUGUUGUUGUCCUCGUCGAAUGAUGUGUCACAGGGUAUGUGCUACAUUGAGACUGCCAACCUGGACGGUGAGAACAACCUCAAGACCAAGCAAGCGCUCAAGGAGACCGACUCACUACAGCGUACCAGCGACUUUGUCGACUUCCGCGCCAUGAUGGACUAUGAAGCUCCCGGUAUCUCACUCAAUCAAUUCAUUGGCAAGCUUACGAUCAACAACAUUGAGCAUCCACUCAGUCUUGAUCAACUACUUAUUCGCAGUACCAAACUGAUGAACACCAAGUGGAUAUAUGGUGUUGUGGUGUACACUGGACAUGAGACAAAGUACAUGUUGAACACAAUGGCAACACCUUCCAAGCGUAGUAGGAUGGAUCAAACAGUCAAUCAUAUUCUUAUCUGUGUGUUUAUAAUCGAAGCCAUACUAUGUUUGAUCAGUGCACUGAUCGGAUACCAUUACGAGAAAAAUGGACAGGACAUCUGGUACCUGAUGCCCAACCAGAACUACACGAUCAAUACUGUUGGCCGCUUCUUCACCUUCCUGGUGCUCUACGCCACCAUCGCCCCAUUCUCCAUGUACGUGUCGAUUGAGAUCGUUCGUGUGCUGCAGUUGGUGGCCAUCAGCCGAGACAAGAACAUGUACUACGCCGAGCUGGAUGCUUAUGCCAAGGCGCGCACGUCCAACCUCAAUGAGGAGCUGGGCCAGAUCGAAUACAUCUUCUCGGACAAGACUGGAACUUUGACUCGCAACCAGAUGGAGUUCAGACUGUGCAAUAUCAAUGGUGCCAUGUAUCACGGACACAAGUCCGAGGGUGGCUCACACUUGGAACAUUCCAUGAAAGCCAGCCAGCAGUCAACAGCGCUUGCCACCUCAGAGACUGCACUCAUUCAUGAUCAAGAUGGCAUCAGUCUCAAGAAGUUGUCAAUCGAUGACUCUGUCGCACCAAUGGGCUCUGGCUCUGGCGCUGAGACUGCAGGUGGAUCAGAGUAUGACAAGGUCGACAUGUCAAAGGCUGUAAACAUUGAGUUCUACAUUGCCAUGGCACUCUGUCACACUGUAGUCCCCGAUGCAUCCAGCGGAUCAGUCAAGUACUCUGCCACCUCACCCGAUGAGGCAGCACUCGUCGAAGAGUGUGCCAGUGCUGGUGUCAAGUUAAUUUCGAGGAACCAGGACAUCAUUGUGUUGGAGGUGUUGGGAGAGAGCAGGAGUUACAAGCUACUCAAUACACUAGAGUUCUCAAGUGAUCGCAAGAUCAUGUCUGUGAUCGUUGGCAACUACAACAACAAUGAUGAGAUCAUUCUUUACUGCAAGGGUGCUGACUCUACCAUCAUUGCCAACCUCAUUCAAUCAUUCGAUGCAAACUUACUCCAAGCCAACCAUAAUGCACUCCAUGAAUACUCAUCACAAGGUUUGAGAACAUUAUGUUAUGCCAAGCGUAUGAUAUCAGUUGAAGAGUAUAGACAGUGGAAUCAGGACUUCCAACAGGCACGCCUGUCAAUGGAGGAAAGAGAUCAUCGUGUAUCAGAGGUGGCCAUUAGGAUAGAGAAGAAUUUGGUAAUGAUGGGUGUAGUCGGUAUCGAGGACAAACUACAGGAUGGUGUUGAGGAUACCAUUGCCACAUUGCAGCGAGCGGACAUUAAGAUUUGGAUGCUCACUGGAGACAAGCAAGAGACAGCCAUUAACAUUGGAGUCUCGUGCAAGUUGAUUGGCAAUCAUCGUAUCCUCAUCCUCAACGAGCCCAACACCGAGGCACUCCUCGCCAAGAUGGGCCACUACAUCAAUGAGGUCAAGGCCGCACCAACCACAGCCGACGGACCUGAAAAGUUCGCUCUGGUCAUUGACGGCCAUACCCUGUCCCUUGCCAUCGACCAUGCCGUAGAGGAGGUGUUCUACAACCUGGCCAGUAUGGUCCACUCUGUGGUCUGCUGUCGUGUCACACCAUUCCAAAAGGCUGAGGUGGUGCGUAUUGUCCGCGACAGGACCAAGGGUGUCACCCUGGCAAUUGGCGACGGUGCCAACGAUGUCAGCAUGAUCCAGAGGGCACAUGUCGGAAUUGGUGUUAUUGGAUUUGAAGGACGUCAAGCUGUUCUCGCCAGUGACUAUGCCAUCGCUCAGUUCAGAUUCCUCGAGCAACUGGUCCUCGUACACGGACGCUACAACUACAAGAGACUUUCCACAUUGCUCUGCUUCUCAUUCUGGAAGAACAUCGCCACGGUGCUGAUGCAGCUGUGGUUCAACACUCACACUCAGUUCUCUGGCCAGACCUACGCCGAUGAUAUCAACAACAUCCUCAUCAACAUUAUCUUCACCUCAUUCCCAAUCAUUAUUUAUGCCGUCACCGAUAAGGACAUCAAUCCAUUAUAUGUUAUCAAGUACCCGAUAUUAUUCAAAGAGACCCAAGAGGGCAAGAAUUUCACAUGGAAGAUAUUUAUGUCUUGGAUGGUACAUGGAAUUUACUGUUCGUUGGUUAUCUAUUUCUUCAUGUCGAGCAUCUACAUCGAUGGCGCUAGCAGCUCCAGUGGCCUAAUUGGUGGCCUUUGGACCCAAGCUUGUGCCUCCUUCAUCGCACUCACCUUGAUGAUUCAGAUCAUGAUGAUCUUGGUCGUAAACCAUUGGAACAAAGCUCAACACUGGACUACUUGGGUAUCGAUCACUGUGUUUAUCAUUUUCCAGAUAGCAUACAGCUUUGCAGCCAAUAUGCUUGGACUGGGCUACUAUUACAUGGUGUUCAUCAACCUGCUCAAACAACCAACCUUCUACCUAUCACUCAUUCUCGUCAUUAUCGUCUGUCUAUUGCCAGUGAUCAUGAUUGUUCAUAUCAACAGGACGUUCUUCACGCAACCACUUCAUGUCGCCCAAGAGUUGGCAAGAAAGGAACGCGAUGGAUUCUUGGAGGAUGAUGAAGAGUAA